GUGACAAGGAAGUCCUGUACAGUAGGAAAGUUGGCCUGGUGUAGGCCUGAUUAGGGGAGUCGACACUACAGGUCAUUUCAUAUCAAAUCAUAACACGCAAUGUCAGAUUUGUGGAUACAAUAUUCAGGUGAGACAAACAGCCUUAGCAAGAAUAUGACCAACACGAUAUAAUGUGUGUAUCAAACAUUGAACAUAUUGCAUUCUGUCCGAUGGAAUAAUAAGUCCACUCCACCACACAGGAAUAUCUGAUUGUAGGAGAAAUGGUACAGUUCAACCAUACAUUAUGACUUGAAUACAACCCUCAGUGGACCCACUACUAAAUUUAACUUCCGACAGGAGUGAGGAGUGACGAAUUCUGUGAGCAUUGUGGGCUGUCACUGAAUACUUAAGGAGAAAGGUCAACCAAUCACCACUGGAGGUCAUAUACCGGUAUGGAAAGUUCAAGGUCAGCCACAACAAAAAGGUCGGUCCCAGACGACCUUGGAAAAUACUUCAAAGGUCAAGACAUCUUGGAGAGACUCUACAAAGAUCGCCCAGUGUGCAACAAGUCGCGUCACACGCCUGAUGCAUCAUGGGAAAUGCCGCUAGUGGCCGGAGGCUGCCUAGCGUGCGACGUCCUACUUUGUAAGAAAUGUUACGAUGCGCACCUCAGAGAGGAUCAUGGGAACUGUAUUUUAGUUUCGCUUCAAGUAUUUUUGCGUAAACAUCGGACGUUUCCCUGCUGUGACGCCAUGGGCGAGAAAAUCGAGUUCUUCUGCUUAGAAUGCCGAGUUGCCAUUUGUUCCUCGUGUUAUAUGACCGGACAUUCUGACCACCGCAUUGUCGACUUUGAGACGGGCGCAGGUCACAUGACCAAACAGAUCAACCAAUCAAAAGACAAGAUGAUGAUUACGUCGCAGCAGGUGCGAAAAGCGAAGCAGGCUCUUCAGGAUUUGGAGGUGAGAAAGGUGCAGCGCUAUAAAGAAUUGAGGCAAUCGGUCCGAGAUCGCGCCGACAGGAUACGUAGAUGGGUGACUAGGGCGGAAUCGGAAAUGAUACAAGAAUUGGACAACUUGGAAGGAGAAUUCAAAGUCUCAUCAGAGCAGGAUGCGGCAUUGUUGACAAAAGUCGAAAAGAAAGCAGACGCAAGUCAUGUGAUAUUUACAUCAUGUGACUGGACUAGCCAAUCAGAAGCGCACCUGGUGCUCAUGAAUAAAUUCCUCUCAGCCAAUCACAGUUGGUUUGUUGAUCAACGCACGAUGCCGAGUUUAGCGACAGAGUCGUUUCAUCAACGUCAGGACUAUUUUGUCCCAGGGAGCGAAACGGCUGCGGUGUUGCGCAAUUUUGGACCUAGUGACCUCCUGGGGGAAGUCCGCCAAUGUUCGUCAAUGAAACUUCCGCGGUUCGCCGACAAAAAGUUCAAGGUCGCAAAUGCUGCGACCUUGAAAAAUAACGACCUUGUCCUUUUGGAAAAAUGUGACAGCACAUUUGAGGUCGCGGUUUAUACCAGUUCCAAAAAUAAACACCAGGGGGCAUUGCACGUUGGGAAUUACUACGAGAAGUAUGUAUCAUUUACAGGAAGUGGAAAGUCUGAAAUUACAAAGCCGAUUGGUCUAGCAGUCUGUAAUGAUAACAUUAUCGUCAUGGAAACGGAAAAACGAAUUUUGUUGAUCUUCUCAAAAGAUGGCAUUGACCUUGGUGUCCAUAAGUUCAAGGACAUUCCGAGGUCGUUGGCAGCAAACGACAGCGGUUUGUUCAUCGGAUUUGACAGCGAGAUUCAGUGGAUGGUGAUUACAGAGGAAUCUGACGACACAGAGAAGUGUAAGGUCAAGGUCAAAACUGUUGAAGCAGACUCAAAGGUCAAGGUCAAAGCUGUCGUAGCAGAUUCAAAGGUCAAAGUCAAGCUCUUCAAAACUUUGCUGCUGAAACUUGAGUUGGAGGACGUGGAUUCAAGAUGGCGGUACAACAUGGCCGUCAGCGAGAAUGGCGACAUCAUCAUUAACCCUUCUGGAAAACUUCUUUUCGGUAGUUUUGUAACCAACACCAUCAGAGAGGUCACCAUGAUGUCGUCAGCCAAUCAGAGACCAGAAUCCAGAGCGCAGACGUACCCGGGUCCGUCUAAAAUGAGGAAUGACGACAAACUGAACAAAACAGCACAAAUCGACGCCAUAACACAUAGACAAUCGCUACAUUGUGCAUUACUGCAGACGCUGACCACGUCACCAGCAAUUGACCAAAGUCACGUGACACAGUUCUGUUUCCAUGGCAACGAUACUCUCCUCCUAUUGGACGCCGAAGAAGAGCAAGUUUUAGCGGUUCCACUGACGGACACGCCUGUGAAAUUUCUUGCACGGACGUUGCCGAUUUCGCCGAAACUUCUCGAUCUUCAUCAAGCGUAUGUUGUGCUUUCCCAUCGCGAUUCGUUAGUUAGGCCGGUUGCCAUGGUGAUAAACGAUGACCUUGACAUUGUGGUUGUACAGAAGAAUGGCGAGAUUAAGAUAUUUCACCUUUAAAGGGUAACUCGUGUCAAAUUUCACCAUAUAAUGUUUUAGCUGUUUUUGACAAAUGACUACGUCACUUUCUCAUAAAUCGGUAAGGUUUUCGAAUCGAAAUGCACAUUUUCUAGAAAUUGAUGGUUUAAUCCCGCCCGAACGGCUCGCUUCGAUGCCGUUUUCGUUGAUGACGUCACAACAUAAACAUUUUCGCGGUCCCGGUGGUUUACAUUCAGCGAUUUUAUAAUAAAUCUAAUCAAAAAAUUUGAACUUUACAUUUGUGAUCAACAAUUAAAAACGGACGUAUUUCCGCAAUGUUGUAAAUCACAUCAUAGUAUCACUUUAAGCUUGACCUUGAGAAAAACUACCUAUUGUGAGCUUUAUGUAGAAAUAGACAAUUUUAAUUCUAUUGGGAAAAAACUCUCAACUGGCGAAACUACUCUUCCGCGAAAAUGUCCAUAGCUCGGCAUUCACGAAAAUUUUAUGCGAUGAAUAUUUUCUGUUCUACAGUAUUCAACCCAAAACUCCAAGACAUGCAGAAGUCCUUCACCCAACCAUCACAAAGCCACCGGUAACAUUUGCAGUUUUCAUAAAUAAUCAGAUUUAUUAGUAACCAUGGCAACCGCCGAAAAAUGCAAAUAUUCAAAAGUGAUAAAUUACGAAAUUUUCUGCUCACCAUAUGUGACGAUUGUUUAUGCCAAAUAUUCCGCGCCGAUCUCGACACCUGGAGCCGCCAUGAACACCAGUGACAGGUGUUACUUUCCCCUACCACUAACAGGCCUCAAUAGGACAUGCAUGCCACAAUAUACUGACUAAUACCAGUCUUAACAGCGCUUGGGAUAGUGCAGAUGUACAGAUAUACAUGUACAGCAUAGACAGAUACUGUGAAACACAGAUAUUUUGGCGGACAUUUUAUUUCACAGAUUUUGCGAAUAAACUCGAGCCGUAAAAUAAAAAUCGCGAUAACAAUUUUGAUUGGAAAAACUGAACAAAAUUCCGUAAUCGGGGAAAAUGAAAAUUGUGAUUAUAAAUUUUUUAAGGUUUUUGCAAAGCGAAAAAAUACACUGGCACGAAAAUGGCGCAUUGGUAAUAGUAAAAUGGUCGCAUUUUACAGUACUGUAUAAUGAAGCAUUAUGGCUUUGACAGACAGGAUAUGAUGAUUUCCCCGCACCUGCCGAUAACCCACACCAAUUAGGCCACAAGAUAUUACUUCUUUGUUGUUAUUUUUGCAGCAUAAUCUUUCCGAAACAUCGCAGACUGUGUUUUAAAAUGGCAAUUGUUUGAAUGCGUCAGACCUUCC